AUGAAUAAAAAAGAAAAGCAAAAGGCUAUUUUAGAUGUUUGUAAGGAGAAUAAGGUUGGGUUUGGAGCUUUUUUUGAAACAAAGGUGAAACAUGAGAAGAUUCACGAAGUUUUUGGGAAUAAUUGUCACAAUUGGGACUACUUUUCUAGUUCCAUUAUUUCUGGAAGGAUAUUGAUUAUAUGGCAAGCUAAAUUUGUGCAGGUUGAUAUCUUAUUUGAGGACCCCCAACUUGUCCAUUGUAGAGUCAAAGUCAAUGGGCAAAAGGAUAUGUUCCUUGCUACGGUAGUGUAUGGAAGCAACUCUAUGGUAGAUAGGAAAUCUCUUUGGGACAAUCUUGCUAACAUUGGGCAUCCGAACUGUCCUUGGAUCAUUUUCGGGGACUUCAAUGCUAUGUUUAGCUUUCAGGAUAGGAAUGGAGGGCGUCAGAUUUUAGCUAAAGACAUUGUUGAUGCUCAAGAUUGGCUGGCUUUAGGCCAAGUGGAAGAAUUUCAUUGCUCUAGUGCGCACUAUACGUGGUCCAAUAAGCAAGAUUUGGGAGACCGGAUCUUUUCUAAACUUGAUAGGGUGUUUACUAAUGAUGCUUGGCUGGAAUUAUUUCCUAAGACAGAAGCUUGUUUUAAAUGGGAUUUUGUCUCUGAUCACAGUUUCUGUAUUAUCAAAAACCAGGAGGUUAACAAACUAGUUAAGAAAUUGUUGAGAGUGAAGCAUGUACUGAAGCGUUUUAACAGGGAGGAGGUAGGUAAUGUUGUGUUGGAUUAUAAGCUUGCCAAGGAGGAGCUUAGUUUGGUUCAGGAGGCCUUAGCAACAAAUCCUUCUGACCACUCUAUGCAGUCAGCCGUUAGUCAAGCUCAGCAGUGUUUCUUUAUCAAGCAGAAGCGAUAUUCCUGUUUCCUUAAGCAACAGAGUAAGGUUAAAUGGGUGGUCUUUAGUGAUGAGAAUUCAAAGUACUUUCAUGUUGUUAUGAGGAAAAGAAGGCUUGAAAACAGAAUCACUUCCUUUGUUUCUGGUGACAAAACUGAAGAUGACUAUGGGCAAGUUGUCAAUCAUUUCUUGUCCCAUUUUGAGCAAUUUAUGGGGAGGAGGAGUUCGGCUACCAUGGAGCUGGAUCUAGAGUGUAUGAACCAGGGUAAUAAUCUUUCAGUGGAGCAACAAGUGAGAUUAUUAAGACCUUUUAGUAAGAGAGAUGUUAAAAAGGCUAUGUUUAGCAUUCAUUCCUCUAAAAGUCCUGGAUUGGAUGGUUUUGGUUCAGGUUUUUUCAAGGGUCUUUGGGGUAUCAUUGGAGAUGAAAUAUCUCAUGCUGUCUUAGGCUUUUUCCAGGAUGGUUUCUUGCCUAAGUCCUUGAAUGAAACGGUGAUCUCUCUCAUCCCUAAGGUAGCUGACCCUAAAUCUGCAAGUGAUUACAGGCCAAUUGCAUGUUGUAAUACCCUUUAUAAGUGUAUUUCGAAGUUACUGUGUACUAGGAUUUCGGAGGUGCUUCCUUUCUUAGUUCAUAGCAACCAAGGGGCCUUUAUAAAGAAUAGGAACCUUGCUCAUAAUAUCAUGAUUUUCCAGGACCUCUUAAAAGGGUAUACAAGGAAGAAUAUUUCAGCUCGGUGCAUUAUGAAGAUUGAUCUCAGCAAGGCCUAUGAUACUGUUGAUUGGCUCUUUGUGGAGAAGUUGCUUAAGAGUCUCUGUUUCCCUUCUAAAUUCAUUAAUUGGAUCAUGAUUUGUCUUAAAGGUCUCUCAGCGAAUAAAUCUAAAUCUAAUAUCUUCUUUGGUGGUGUUAAAGAUGAAGCAAAACUCAAGAUUCUUGAUCUUAUGCAAAUGGAUGAAGGUACUUUCCCUCUGAAGUACUUAGGUGUUCAUCUUAGGCCUACUAAAUGGAAGGCUGCUGAUUGUGGGGUGAUUUUGGACAAAUUGCAUAAGAAUCUUAACUGCUGGGCGAGUAGGAACCUUUCCUUUGCAGGGCGGGCUCAACUUAUUCAUUUAGUGCUGCUUGGUAUUCGGAACUUUUGGAUGAGCAUCUUCAUUCUGCCUUCCAAAGUUACAGCUGCUAUUGAUAAAUGUUGUCGCGAUUUCCUGUGGGGUUCUAGAGGAAAUAGGAGUGAGUUUCAUCUCCCGUCUUGGGAGAAGGUGUGCCUUCCGAAAAAUUUGGGUGGAAUUGGCUUUCGUGAAGGUAAGAAGUGGAAUGUAGCUGUGAUGGCUAAGUAUAUUUGGGCCUCUUCUAGUAAGCAAGAUUGUCUUUGGGUUAAAUGGAUUAAUUCCAUUUAUCUUAAAAAUCAUACUAUAUGGAGUAUUCCUUUUAAGCAAGAUAUGAGUUGGUACUUUAAGAAGCUUAUCAAAGUUAGGCAGUCUACUGACUAUCAUUCAUUGCAGCUUGCUGAAAAGGGAGGGAAGUUUAGAGUUAAGAAGUUUUAUUUGUCUAUGAUUUCUGCUCAAAGAGUUAUAUAUGCAGAGACGAGGGCUGGUAGCUGCUUCUCUUUGAGUUCAGCGGCUGUUUCUUUAGCUGCUGUUCUCUUUGUUUUAGCAGCUUUUGUUUUGUUCAGUUGUGUAUCUGUUGGUUUUGAAUAA